ACAUCCAUAUUCAAAAAACAUUCUACAUUUGAUUCCUUCCACAAAUGCCCUCUUUAUCAGGCUCAUGACUCAUGAUAUACACACAAAGGAAAAGAACACAUGCAUUACUUUCACACACAACUGAAGGUUGAGCAUGACUACUCUUCCUCAUUCAGGUGUUGAACCUAAGGUUUUGCAUACAAAUAGAACACAAGCUUUUACCAUAUUUGAAGUUGAUGCCCUUAAGGCAAAAGAAACCAAUGGGAGUGUUCAGGGAGAGGAGGAGGGCAUCACAAUAACAUGGGAGGACUUGUGGGUCACUGUUCCAAAUGGAAAGGAAAGGAAACCAAUUCUCCAGGGUCUUACAGGUUAUGCUCAGCCAGGAAGGCUUCUGGCUGUAAUGGGCCCUUCAGGCUGUGGAAAAUCCACUCUUCUUGAUGCUUUAGCAGGAAGAGUGAGUUUAAACAUAAAACAAACUGGAAAUAUUCUAAUCAAUGGCCACAGACAAUCACUUGCUUAUGGAAUAUCAGGCUAUGUAACACAAGAGGAUGCUCUGCUAUCAACUUUAACAGCUAAGGAAACUUUGUACUACUCAGCCCAGCUCCAAUUUCCAGAUUCCAUGUCCAUAGCAGAUAAGAAAGAACAAGCAGAUAUCAUACUCAGAGAAAUGGGUCUUCAAGAUGCCAUUAACACAAGGGUUGGAGGUUGGGGUUAUAAAGGCCUAAGUGGGGGACAAAAGAGGAGACUUAGCAUUUGCAUUGAGAUUCUAACACGCCCUAGAUUACUCUUCCUAGAUGAACCAAAUAGUGGACUUGACAGUGCAGCUUCUUAUUAUGUUAUGAGUAGAAUUGCAAGACUGAAUCUAAGGGAUGGCAUUAGAAGGACCAUUGUGGCAUCCAUCCACCAGCCUAGCAGUGAAGUUUUUGAACUUUUCCAUGACCUUUGUCUUCUGUCUUAUGGUGAAACAGUGUAUUUUGGUCCAGCUUCUGAUGCAAACCAGUUUUUUUCUUCAAAUGGUUUUCCUUGUCCAUCUCUCCACAACCCUUCUGAUCACUACUUAAGGAUCAUAAACAAAGAUUUUGAACAGGAUGCUGAAGAAGGCUUUGGUAAGGGAGUAACUACAGAAGAAGCAAUUGAUAUCCUUAUAAAGUCUUAUGGAUCAUCUCAAAUUGGAAACCAAGUUAUAAAGGAAGUGGCAAAAAUAAGUGCAAGUGACUCUGGUGCAAUAGGGAAGAAGAGGAUCCAUGCUGCAUUCCUCACUCAAUGCCUUAUUCUUAUAAGAAGAUCUUCCUUGCAAUUUUUUCGCGACAUAAGCAAUUACUGGUUACGCUUAGGUGGCUUCAUUGUGAUAGCCAUAGGCAUUGGUUCUAUCUUCUAUGACAUUGGCUUUAGUAUUGAAUCUAUUCAGGCAAGAGGUUCGCUGCUCACAUUUUUAAUUUCAGUUCUGACUUUCAUGACCCUUGUUGGUGGAUUCUCUCCACUUUUGGAGGAAAUGAAGGUAUUCGAACGAGAGAGAUUGAAUGGACACUAUGGCGUUUCGGCUCAUCUUAUUGGCAACACACUCUCUGCUAUUCCUUACAUGCUAAUUAUCUCACUGAUCCCAGGUGGAAUAGCUCACUACCUUUGUGGGCUGCACAAAGGACUAGAACACUUUCUGUACUUCACUUCCUUGCUAUUCGGCACCAUGUUGUGGGUUGAGAGUCUUAUGCUAGUUGUUGGGAGCAUCUCCCCCGACUAUGUAAUGGGCAUGUUCAUUGCUGGUGGAAUUGAAGGACUCAUGAUUCUACUAGGUGGAUUUUAUAGAUUACCAAAUGAACUUCCCAAACCAUUGUGGAAAUACCCUUUAUACUAUCUUUCCUUUCUCAAGUAUGCAUUUCAAGGAUCAUUCAAGAAUGAAUUUGAAGGCUUAACAUUUUCUUUAGGCCAAGAUGGAGGCAAUAAAACAUUAAGUGGAAGAGAAGUGCUGGUUGAGACAUGGCAUGUGGAAAUGGAUCACUCUAAGUGGGUUGAUCUAGCUAUCAUGUUUGGGAUGAUUGUUCUGUAUCGGAUUCUGUUCUUGGCUAUCACUAAGAGCAAGGAGAACCUGAAGCCUUUUACCACAUUCGAGGUGGAAGCCAUUAAAUCAGUAGAAACUGGUGAGGCAGAUAAAGAGGAGGGUGUUUUCUUGACAUGGGAGGACCUGUGGGUGACUGUUUCAAAUGGAAAGAAUGUAAGGAAACCAAUACUUCAGGGUCUAAAUGGCUAUGCCAAACCAGGGCAACUCUUGGCUAUAAUGGGUCCUUCAGGUUGUGGCAAGUCCACCCUUCUGGAUGCUUUAGCAGGAAGGUUAAGUUCAAGGACAAAGCAAACAGGGAGGAUCCUAAUCAAUGGCCACAAACAAGCACUAGCUUAUGGAACAUCUGCAUAUGUAACAGAAGAUGAUACCAUUUUGACAACACUAACAGUUGGAGAAGCAGUGUACUACUCAGCUCACCUCCAAUUACCAGAUUCCAUGUCGAAGUCGGAGAAACGAGAGAGAGCAGAUUUCACAAUCAAGGAAAUGGGUCUGCAAGAUGCCAUUAACACCAGAAUUGGAGGAUGGGGAUCCAAAGGAGUCAGUGGUGGGCAAAAGAGGAGAGUUAGCAUUUGCAUUGAGAUCUUAACACAUCCCAGGCUUCUCUUCCUUGAUGAACCCACUAGUGGACUUGAUAGUGCUGCUUCUUAUCAUGUCAUAAGUAGAAUAUCCAGCUUAAACAAAAAGGAUGGCAUUCAAAGGACUAUUGUUGCAUCAAUCCAUCAGCCAAGUAAUGAAAUUUUUCAACUUUUCCAUAGCCUUUGUCUUCUGUCUUCUGGGAAAACAGUUUACUUUGGACCUGCCUCUGCAGCAAAUAAGUUUUUCUCAUCAAAUGGUUUUCCCUGCCCCAGUCUCCAGAGUCCUUCUGAUCACUUUGUAAAAACAAUUAACAAGGAUUUUGAACAGGAUCUUGAGAAAGGAUUAGGUGGAGGGUUAAGCCCAGAAGAAGCUAUUCAUAUUCUUGUUAAAUCAUAUGAUUCAUCUGAAAUUAGUGAAGUUCAAAAAGAAAUAGAUCAAAUUAAAAAAAGAGACUCAGGCAUAAUGGAAAAGACAAGCCAUGCUGAUUUUUUGACUCAGUGUCUCAUUCUUACAAGAAGAUCUUUCCUGAAUAUGUAUCGCGAAGUAGGCUAUUACUGGUUACGCCUACUAAUCUAUGGUGCCAUGGCUUUAAGUCUUGGUACUAUGUUCUUUGACAUUGGUUCAAGCAAUGAAUCAAUUGAGGCCAGAGCUUCACUGCUUGUGUUUGUUGUGACAUUCCUGACCUUCAUCACUGUUGCUGGGUUCCCUUCUUUUGUGGAGGAUAUGAAGGUAUUCGAAAGAGAAAGGCUUAACGGGCAUUAUGGUGUCAUUGCAUUUACCAUUGGCAACACAUUAUCUUCUGUUCCAUUCUUGCUGUUGAUGUCACUGAUCCCAGGAGCAAUUGUUUAUUACCUAGUUGGACUUCACCAAGGACAUGAACAAUUUGUGUACUUCAUUUCUGUGCUUUUCACUUCUGUCUUGCUCGUUGAGGGUCUCAUGAUGAUUGUAGCAAGUUUGGUAAUUCCCAAUUUCCUGAUGGGAAUAAUCUUUGGUUCUGGAAUCUUGGGCAUGAUGAUGUUAGAUGGUGGGUUUUAUAGGCUACCAAGUGAUAUUCCAAAGCCCUUUUGGAGAUACCCUUUGCACUACAUUUCCUUCAACAAGUAUGCCUACCAAGGAUUGUUCAAGAAUGAGUUUCAUGGCCUAACAUUCCCAAGCAAUCAAGUUGAAGGACCUGUGACAAUUAGUGGUGAAGAUAUCCUGAGACACUUGUGGCAAGUGGAAGUGAAUUAUUCAAAGUGGGUGGAUGUUGCUAUCUUGGUAGGAAUGGCAGUAACUUAUAGAAUUCUGUUUUUGGCUAUCAUCAAGAGCUUUGAGAAAGUGAAGCCUAUUGUCACAGCAAUUAAUUGUCCCCAAGCACACUUCAGGUUCACCAAAGUGAGUAAGAGCACUGAGAUUGAUUAGUUUGCUUAGCUGAAGAUCUAGGGUGUGGCAAUAACAUGUUAUGUGCUACAUAUUGUAAAGCAUAUUAGUCGUACCAGGAAAUGGUUUGUGAUGCAUGUGCUUCCAAAGAAAGUAUAACGAAGUUUAAGAGUAUGGAGUUUUCAUCUUGAGAUGAAUAUAGACGGUGUUGUAUAUCUAAAUGAUUAGAAAAAACAGAAGUAUUCAUUCUUAAUUUUAGUCCCUACAUUUAAUAAAA